UAGUAGUAUUAAUAUUAGUAUUAAUAGUAUUCAAACCAAUCACUGACAAGGGAUGGGUGUUGUGGGGUUUUGCGCUGCGUUCAUGAUAGUUUUUAAUGGAUGCACCAAACACGGAAGGGAGGGGCGAGCGGGCUCUGUUUGUUUUGGAUCACGCUUCAAAUGCCGACAGAAGAGACGUCACCCAACAUCGCUGAUAAAACCUGACAAACCUGUAACAGAGAAUGUGGGCUCUGUCUGUAAUCAGACACUAUUCAAGUCCUUUACUUAUGAACGUGUGAUCAGAGUACAACUGAUCGUAUUAGGUACUAGGUUGAAGAGGAAUGACUUGAGGUGAGUGUUCAAAGGACGAGAGGGAUCUUUUGCAGUAAGGAGAACUGUUUCAGUCACUGGACCUCCACUCCGUCGGAGGACGAUGAUCCACACAUGAACCAAAACCUCCUGAAUCCGUAGGGUACAGACCACCUCUGGAGUUUAUUAACAAAGAUUUCAGAACUAAAGAAUGCAUCCGGAAAGACUUCCUGUCUAGACCUCUGCUAAAAUGGCUGAAGAAAACCCUCCUCCUCUCAAACAUUUCCUGACCUGCAGCGUGUGCACUGAGAUCCUCAAGGACCCGGUGUCUUUGAGCUGUCACCACAGCUUCUGUUCCAGCUGUCUCCAGGACUUCUGGGCCCAAGCUGAGAACAAAAACUGUCCCGUCUGUAAGAGGAAAGACUCAAAGGAUAUAGUUGUUAACUUUUCCCUCAAGGAGCUCGCUGACUCCUACGCUGGAAGACAGAGGUCUGCCCCCUCUGAUGAGGCCCAGGUGGUCUGCACUGAGCACUUAAAGGAUAUCAAGUGGUUCUGUAAGGACGAGCAGAGAGCUGUGUGUCAUGUGUGUGAGUUCCCUCACCACCAGGGUCACACAGUGGUUCCUCUAGAAGAACAAGUCCAGGAGCUGAAGCAGCAGCUGACACAUGACCUCAAGGCUCUACAGGCCAGGAGGAGCAGACACCAGGAGCUGGAGGAGACGUAUGAGGCCAUGGUUCCUCACCUCAAGGGACAGCGGGUGAAGACCGAGAGGCGGAUCAGAGCAGAGUUUGAACAGCUUCACCGGUUCCUGAGAGAGGAAGAGGAGGCCAGAGUGGAGGCCCUGAGAGAGGAAGAGGAGCAGAAGAGGAAGAGGAUCCUCCUGAAGAGGAACACCCUUCAGGAGCAGAUCCGGUCUCUCUCAGAGAGUCUCUCGGCUGUAGAAGCAGACCUGCAGAAGGACGGCCUGUCGUUCCUCAGCGCUUCCACGCGCUCCCGGACCAGCGCCAGAGCCCUGCUCUCCGGUUCUGAUCCCCAGCUGCUUCCUGGAGCGCUGCUGGACGAGGCCAAACACCUGGGAAACCUGGCCCACAGAGUCUGGGAGAAGAUGGGGCAGAGGACCACCUUCAGCCCCGUUACUCUGGACCCAAACACUGCAGCACGCUCACUCUCUCUGUCUGAUGAUCUGACCAGCGUGAGACGUAGCGAUGUAAUCCAGAAGGUUCCUAACAACCCAGAGAGGUUCAGUCAGUACACUAAUGUUCUGGGUUCUGAGGGCUUCAGCUCAGGGGAACACUGCUGGGAGGUGGAGGUGGGAGACCAUCCUCACUGGUUUAUAGGUGUUGCUAAAGAGUCAGUGGAGAGGAAAGGAGAGUGUUCGGCUUCACCAGAUAAUGGAAACUGGUGUUUAGUCCACCUCAGUGGAAAGUACACUCUGGGUGCUGGUCAAACCCUGACAUUGAAGAGGACUCCAGAGAGGAUCAGAGUCCAGCUGGACUAUGAUGGAGGGGAGGUGUCCUUCUACGACCCUGAAGACAUGACUCUCAUCUACACCUAUCAAGACACUUUCACUGAAAACAUCUUCCCUUGGUUUGCUCUUGGACCAGCAGGUGAAGCCCGGAACAAAGAUGUUAGAGUGUGUGGUGACCCCUCACGCACUAAGCCAUGUAAAUGAAUGUAACCUUGUCAGUUCUGUUUGCCUGCUAGAGUCUCUAGUAUGUAGAAACAUGGUGUGUAUAUAUAUAUAUAAUCGGGUAAUAAUCAAAUAGUAGAACAAAGAAACAAAUCAACAGGUAUAUUACAACUAAAUAAUACGAGUCCACCUUGUGGUCAAUGUAUGGAAUGAAUCAUAUAGUCCACAGAACAAGAAAACACUGCCUGCAGUUACAUAUAUAUAUAUAUAUAUAUAUAUAUAUGGAUCGUAUCAUAUAUAUAUGUGGAUCAAUUUAUCUAGUUGUGUAUGAGUAUAGUAUCAUAGGCGGUAGAGGACGGUCAGUGAAGGUCUCGGUGCAGCCUGUGGAUCAUUAACAGUGAGGGGUGUGGGGGUUUUCUUGUUAACUGGUAUAAAUGGAAUUGUACGUUUAAUGUUGAUAACAAGGGUCUGUAAUAGAACCACACAUGUAGAAAAAUCAAUGAUAUUGUUAGCACAAUAUUGUUAUGUUAACACCUACACAAGAAUCACAUGGGAAAAUAAUAAUCAUCUAUCAAACGGUUGGUUGUGUAAUUCUAUUACUUUUGGUUUUAGUCAAUGCUGUUCAUUCCUGUCUGUGUAUUAGUCUACCCUCACUGUUUGGGACGUAUCGGUUUAUACAUAUUCACGCAGGGUAUAGAAAGGUGUUAGGGUUUGAUUCCAGGGUUUAGGGUUUAGUUACAGGAAAUCAAUCAGAACAUAAUGAUGAAUUAAUUAUUAUGUUAUUAAUUAUUAUGAAUAGUGAUUAUUCAGAUCACUGUGAUUCCAUUCCCGUUAACCAACUAAAAGUUAUUUCUUACAAUAAACAUGUGUCGGCCUGUUCUAUGAUUCAUGUCGUUCAUAACUCCUCCAGAAGCCGUCCUGACGCGUACAACAGGAAACCUUCUUCACACACUUCACAACCAUCCGCAAAGUCACAUAAAAGUUAUUACUUUAGCCUAAUAUAUAUUAUGCAUAUAUAUAGACGCUAGGUACAAGAGUCUAGAG